UUCUUUAUGAUUUAAAUGUAUACCAGUUCUGAAGAUGAAGUGGAUGUGCUUUUACAUGGAACUCCCGACCAAAAACGAAAACUCAUCAGAGAAUGUCUUACUGGAGAAAGUGAAUCAUCUAGUGAAGAUGAAUUUGAAAAAGAAAUGGAAGCCGAAUUAAAUUCCACCAUAAAAACAAUGGAAGACAAGUUAUCCUCUCUGGAAACAGAGUCUUCCUCAGGAAAUGGGAAAGUUGCAACAGCUGUGACAAAGUACUAUGAUGAUAUAUAUUUUGAUUCUGAUUCUGAGGAUGAAGACAAAGCAGCACAGGUAACCAAGAAAAAAAAGAAGAAACGACACAGGAUUCCAACAAAUGAUGAAUUACUAUAUGAUCCUGAAAAAGAUAACAGAGAUCAGGCCUGGGUUGAUGCACAGAGAAGAGGCUACCAUGGUUUUGGAAUACAGAGGCCACAUCAGCAACAGCAGCCAGUUCCAAAUAGCGAUGCUGUCUUGAAUUGCCCUGCCUGCAUGACCACACUGUGUCUUGAUUGCCAAAGGCAUGAAUCAUAUAAAACUCAAUAUAGAGCAAUGUUUGUGAUGAAUUGUUCUGUCAACAAAGAGGAGAUUCUAAGAUACAAAACUCCAGAGAACAGGAAGAAGAGGCGAGGCCGGAAGAAGAUGCGGUCUGACCGUGAGGAUGCUGCAGAGCAGGCAGAGACAGAAGUGGAAGAAGUCUAUCACCCUGUUAUGUGCACCGAAUGUUCCACCGAAGUGGCAGUCUAUGACAAGGAUGAAGUCUUUCAUUUUUUCAAUGUUUUAGCAAGCCAUUCCUAAAUAGCUAAGUUGACAUUUAAUUGCCCAAUGUUGUAUAUAAAGCAGAUAUGGACAGUUAUUUUUCUCCUGCCUACUUAUAUCAAGUGACAUUAUGAGUUGUUAUUUGAAGGAGCUGUGUUUCAUCUUUAUGUAUUUGAACAAGAAUGGUUAUCAACAUUCAUCCCUCCCCCUUUAAAAACAUUUCCCCAAGCUCUGAUGAAACUGAUUAUUCAUUCCCUUUUUGAUGGACUUUGGAAACUUGGGGCUUUUUAUUUAUUAAAGCUCUUUAGAAUUAAAAUGUCCUGGGGUUAUAAGUAA